AUGGCAAUUCACAAGUUUCUCUUAGCCAUUUACAUCUUAGGUUCAGCCCUGGCUCAUUUCUCACUAGCUCAGAGCUCCCCCCAAGACUAUGUGGACGCCCACAAUGCUGCACGGGCACAGGUAGGAGUGCAGCCCAUCACAUGGAAUGAGACAGUCGCAGCCUACGCCAGGAGAUAUGCUAGUAGCCGGGUUGCUGCACGUUGCAGCAUGGAGAAUUCAGGAGGGCCGUACGGAGAGAACCUUGCUAAAGUGUAUGGUACUUCAGUGUCAGGUUCAGAUGCAGUCGAGUUUUGGGUAACUGAGAAGCCAAACUAUGACUACAACUCCAACUCAUGUGUUGGUGGAGAGUGCCUGCAUUAUACCCAGAUUGUUUGGGGUGACUCACUUUAUCUUGGGUGUGCUAGCGUUCAUUGCAAAAAUGGAUGGUGGUUCAUCACCUGUAACUAUCAUCCUCCUGGAAAUAUGGAGGGGCAGCGUCCUUAUUAG